AUGGUGAAUUACCAGAAAAGUAGCAUUGCUUUUAGCAAAAAUGUGCCUAGGCAUGAACAAAAUGAUCUUGCAGGAGUACUUAAUGUUGUUAGAGUCGACAAGCACGAUAAAUAUUUGGGACUCCCAAUCGAGAUCAGUUAUUCUAAAACAGAGGCAUUCAACUUUUUGAAUGAACGUAUUAAGAAGAGAACUAGAGGUUGGAGAGAGAAGACUUUGAGCGCUGCUGGUAAAGAGAUUCUCAUCAAGGCGGUAGCUCAGUCCAUUCCAACUUAUGUAAUGAGCUGCUUUGAAGUCCCUAUUCACCUAUGUAAUGAGAUGCACAGUCUUAUGGCUAAGUUCUGGUGGGGUUCAACGGAAGAAGACAAGAAGAUUCACUGGCUAGCGUGGGAGAAAUUGUGCUUGCCGAAAGCAGAGGGGGGCCUGGGUUUCAGAAACAUGCAUCAGUUCAACCUUGCCCUUCUUGCCAAGCAAGGUUGGAGGUUAAUACAAAACCCACAGUCUUUGGUGGCGAGGCUCUUCAAAGCUAAAUAUUACCCGGAUUCGGAUUUUAUGCAUGCCUCUCUCCGGGGUGAUGUUUCGUUUGCAUGGCGCAGCAUUAUGAAGGGCCAGGAUGUUUUACGUCGAGGUUUGAGGUUCAAGGUUGGCAGCGGCAGCUCGAUAAAAAUCUAG